CGAUGGAUAUAUAACUACUAAGAAAGGUCACUCACCAAUCGCCAGAAUCUUUUUAAAAAAGAAGCAUGCACGACGAGGAGGAGAAUAUGUCGACGUUGGAAAAUCCGUCGGAGGUUUAUUACAGGGCGUAUAAGGAUUACUGGCGUAAAGUGAAUGAAUCCGAUGGCUUCGAUCUUGAGAAUAUUUCAACACCGCCAUACUAUAUGUUCAAAGGACUGCUUCCCUUCGAUUGUGUAAGUUGUGGUUAUCCUUAUCCGGUAAUGGUCGACCUUUAUGCUAAGGUGGGGCUUCAUCGUUACAAUAUGUUGAAGGGUACAAACUUCCAGCUUGAUUCCCUAGUGAAAUUCAACAUGUUACCGAAUUGUGUUUCCUCUUUCUACUAACUUUGCUUGCACACGAUAACUUUGCUUGCACACGAUCCAGCUCUUGACCCACUGGGGAAAACCUUCCAGGUGCGAGUUGAUGAGCAAAACGCCAAUUGUUUGGAUUUUACGUGCUCCGUUGCUAGACUUAAAGAUGAAGUGAUCACCAAGAACCCCUUGAUACCACACUUUCAUAGUGCCGCAGUGGCGGAUGGUUUCUUCAAAGGUGAAUUGCCUGAUUGGCCGUCAGAUGAUGCUUUGAAUGAUGAGAAACGGUUUUACUUGCUGAAGGAAUCAGAGUGGCAAGCCAAUGAUUGGAUUUCUAUGUAUUUGGAACUUGUAAUUUGUGCACAUGAUAGGCGGAUUAAGAAGAGGGACGUUCUGUCCCUAUUGGAGAUUCUGGAAGUGGCAAUAGAAACUGGUAUCGAAGAAGUGGAGCCGCCAAACGAGAGACUCGAGGCCAAAAGUGCAAAUGUCUACAUAAAGUUUAAGGGCAUGGCAAAUGUUAGAUAUUUUAGAAUGAUUUUUGAGAUUGGUGAGCAUGUCGAACGCAAAGCUGUAGUUAGAAGAGUCCUCGAUGAGCAUAGCGGAUAUAUGACUCUUUUGGGUAAGUUUUGUGGUGGUCAAAAUCCCAAAAAGCAGCCUUCUGUGGCUCUCCAAAAUGGAAAUAAAAUCCAGAGUUGCAAUAAGCGACCUCGUUCAGACUAGUGCAACUCGUGGAG